UCUCUGAUCCGGGACAGGUAUUUCCUUAUCAGUCCUGUCGGCCAUCUUAUAACAGGUUUUUCCCUAUCAGAACAUCCUGGGGACGAUGUAGGCCCUGGGGGAAGACUCUGAGGAUCCCCCCUCCCAGCCCCCCUCCCACAUUAUCUCCCGGGACGUCUCCGCUGGGAAGGAGCCCCGCUGGGUGACAGACUGGACGCUGCUGGCUUCCGGGAGCUGGGUGGAGCAGCACACUUCUCCCAUUUUCUAGCUGUGUGACCUUGAGCUGGUUACUUCACGUCUCUGAGCCUUGAAACCUCCGUCUGCACCACAGGGCUGCUGACUGCGUCGCCCUCACUUGGUGGUGAAGAUAGAAUGAGGCUGACAGAUCACGGAAACGCUACAGUUGUGGCCAAAAUAAAGAAACCCAGGACCCUGAGAAGCCUCAGUCUGGACGAGCCCGGCCGGGCAGGACUCGGCCCGCCCCUCCCCCGGCCAGCAUUCCCGCGGUGACGCGCGGAGGGAGGUGCGGCGCGGGGGCACACCUGGAUCCCGAAGCCCCGCCCCCCGCCCCCCUACGGCUCCCGGAGGCCAGGUAGAGGCUGGGCGGGGCUUUCCGGACCCGGUUGCUGGAAGGUUCAGUUUUCUGGGUGAAGAGUCGCUCUCAGACGACGGAGCACCCUGAUCUGCUCGCCGAGCAACCACGGCGUCGGCCCCCACCCCCCCCCGAUUCCUGCAGCCGGAACCAGCCAUGCUCAGCGGCCAGGUGCCUUCCUUCUUCUCCAUGGCCCACAUCCUCCUCUUUGUCUUCACGGCUUCUACCAUAUUUCACCUUCAGCAGCGGCUAGCGAAGAUCCGCCCCACCUGGGAGUUUGAGACACUGGUUUUGGAGUCUACGGAGAACAAGAAGAGCACCCAGCCCAGGGGCAUGUUCACCAUCAACUCCCAAGGGCGCCUGGGGAACCAGAUGGGCGAGUAUGCCACCCUGUACGCCCUGGCCAAGAUGAACGGGCGGCCGGCCUUCAUCCCGGCCGAGAUGCACGGCGCGCUCGCCCCCAUCUUCAGGAUCACCCUCCCCGUGCUGCACCACACCACGGCCAGCAAGAUCCCCUGGAGGAACUACCCCCUGAACGACUGGAUGGAGGAGCGGUACCGCCACAUCCCUGGCGAAUACGUGCGCCUCACCGGCUACCCCUGCUCCUGGACCUUCUACCACCACCUCCGCGCCGAGAUCUUGCAGGAGUUCACCCUGCACGACCAUGUGCGGGAGGAGGCCCAGGCGUUCCUGCAGCGGCUGCAGGUGAACGGGCGACAGCCGAGCACCUUCGUGGGCGUCCACGUGCGCCGGGGGGACUAUGUGCAGGUGAUGCCCCGGGUGUGGAAGGGUGUGGUGGCUGACCGGCGGUACCUGGAUCAGGCCCUGGACUGGUUCCGGACCCGCUACCAUUCCCCGGUCUUCGUCGUCACCAGCAACGGCAUGGCCUGGUGCCGCGAGAACAUCAACGCCUCACGUGGAGAUGUGGUGUUCGCUGGGGACGGCAUUGAGAACUCGCCGGCCAAGGACUUCGCGCUGCUCAUACAGUGCAACCACACCAUCAUGACCAUUGGGACAUUCGGGAUCUGGGCCGCUUACCUCGCAGGGGGAGAGACCAUCUACCUGGCCAAUUACACCCUACCAGACUCCCCCUUCCUCAAACUCUUUAAGCCAGAGGCAGCCUUCCUGCCCGAGUGGAUUGGCAUCGCGGCGGACCUGUCCCCGCUACUCAAUCACUGACGUUAGCUGGCCUUUGGCACCUCCUCCUUUGCAGGCUCCCCUAAGACCAGCUCCCAGAGGCCCAGGGCGCGUAUUGUUCUGUGUGCCAGGACACUGCCCUCUUGCACCAGAACACUCCAGAGGCCGAAAGAAACAGAAGUCGCAACUGACUUGUUGAAAUCGCAUAUUUAUGUGUCUCACAGAAGACCAGAAGUGGCACAUCUCUGGCGUUCAUUAAGUCAGCAGCUCAGCCAUGUCACCAGAGACCCCAGUUCCGUCUCUCUUGUUCAACUGCCAUCACCUCCUCUCAGACUUCCUCCCUCAUGGUCCCAAGAGGGCUGCCACGUAGCUGGGUGUCACAUGCAGACAACCUCUUCCCAAGGCAGCAAAAGAGAAGUUCGUUCUUCGGUCCGUUUUGAAGAGUGAGGGGAACAUUCCAAAGUCCUCCUGUAGCUGCCCCUCCCCCCCCAUAGCUCACUGACCAGAAGUGUGUCACAUGCCUGCCAGACGCAUUACAAGGCAAGGUGAAUAAGACCCUGGGAUUGUCUUGGCAUCAGAUCAAUAAAUCUUUGCCCGCUUUA